AUGACGAUCACAACACCAAGCAAUAACGGGCAACUCGCCCGCUGGGUCAACAGAAAAGGAGAUCUAUGUUUCGAAGUAGCCUUCUUCGCGGCUGCCGCAUUCGUCUUCGUCGCCUUGGGCGCCGUGAUUGUCGCCCUCAGCUUGGUCGUCGGAGGCCUGCUCGUCGCGGGCGUCAUAUUGUUCGGCGCUGCGGAUACGAUGAGCGAGAAGGUCAACAAGGUCGCCUCACCAGAACAGAGUCAGGCACAGGCAAAAGAGAUGAUGAAGCAGAAAGAUACCAUAAAGCAGGAAGGUGCCACGAAGCAGGGUGAAGCUCGCAAGAAGGACGACGACACUCAGAAUAAAGACGGCCCUGAGAAGAACAGAUUGAAGAAGAAGCAGCAGCAGAUGGCACAGCUGAACCGAACUGGAUACGAGGGCUAUGUCAGAAUAUACGAAUAA